AUGUUCCAGCGUCACAGCGUGGAUCCCAACACACCCAGUGAGCUGCUGGCCCAGAGUGGCUCCACGUCUACUCCCGUCAUUAAACAGUUGCUGACACAGUCGGUGCGGGGAAAGGCAGUGAGUCACGAGUUUACAGAUAGAGUGAAGAGACUACAGCGUGAUGAUGUGGAGAGCAGAGACUAUCAGAGAGAUAAAACCAUAGAGAGGAGGAGUUUGAAGAUCGAGCAGUGCUGCUCCUCCCUGGAGUCCCGACUGCAGGGCGUGGGUGAGGUCCAGUCUCACGUGCGCGAUGUCUUCUCUCGCAUUGCCGACCUGGAUGAUGAGCUGGACUCCCUCGGACCAGUUGGACGCGACGCAGACUCCCUGGCCUCUCAGGCCGACGCCCUGAAGGGCUACCUGUCCCGCCUGGGCGACCUGAGGGCGGAGCUGGAGGGUCACAACACAGACUGCACCACCAUGCUGCGCCGGGAGGGCUCCUCCCCCGACCUCCUGGCUCUCAGGAGGGAGACGGAGGCUCUGAGCCGCCAGGCCUGCAAGCUCAGCGAGCGUGGCCAAGGCCGGCUGGAUCAGAUCGACGACGCUGCAGAGAAGGUUCGGGAAUUCUACAGGCUGGUGGCCGAGCUGCAAGGCAUGCUGGGAAGUGCUGAAAAUGGGCUGAACUCACAGGGCAUGGUCGGCACGGAGGUGGAGAUGAUCAAACAGCAGCUGCAGGAGUUCAAGGUAGGGGGGACUACUUCUUGCUGGUUAUCUACGCGGAUGAAUCAU